AAGAAGGAGGACAUUCAACCUUUUGAUAUCAGAUUUAACGCCAUCAAUCUCCACAUGUACAGUGGAAUCAUUUCAGAAUUUAAAUUCUACAGAUAAAAAGCCAAGGGCUUACCACCACGCCACUGAGGCCAAGAUGUAUUUAGGAAAUCCUCCGAAAAGUAUACAAAAAUUCGCUUUCAUAGAACUCUAAGUUUUAUUCUUGAGCCAUUUAGAACAAUACUAAUUUGAAGGUGAGACGUUUCCGGAUUCGAAAGCUGAUCUCCCUGGAUCUGCCCCAGACACCGCACUGGUGCAUGUUUAUGUCAUCGAUGUCAGUUGGUUUUUUACGGUUGUUUGAUUUCAUUUUUGAUUUCGACUGUUAAAGACUGUUUUGAAGGUAGCUACAUGAAGACUAUUUUAAGAUAGUUUUCAUAAUGUUAACGGCAUAAAUAGCACUUGCUACAGAAUCGUUUUUGCAAACUUAAGCGCUACAAGAGGAGGAGUGCGUCAGACUCGCAUUUAGAUUUAACAUGCAAAAUUCUUUUCGUGGAAUCGAAUAACAUUUGCACGAAAGCCAACACUCCUCUCUGGGUUUCCCAUGCUCCAUUGUGGAAGAAAGUUUUUUUUGAAGAGAAAGAUGUCUGCAAAAGUAUUACUCGCCAUUUGGCUAUGGAUCCAAAUGAUAAUAUACGGAUCAAAAUGAUCCUCAAUGCUACUUUAAAAUGCUACAUUAGUCCAACUAAAUUGUAUCAGAAGGCUCGCUUAGGUAUGAAGAUAUUUUUUAAUUAGCUAUAAUUGCCAAAUGAGCAGCUUUUAUUUAGAUUGAGCAUUCUGCAUCAACAUAAUUUAAUUAAACUAAAUUUUAUAAUAAAUAAACUUGUACUAAAGUGAAUUGAUUAAUGUGUUUUCGGUAUUCAUUAGUAAUAUUAUAUAGAAAAUGAAAACUCCGUUUACUCAAGGACCGCCAUUGGCCACAAUUGGAGAACACAUAAUCCCGCCAAAUUCCCGUCGCCAGCCAAGAAUCUACUGUCAAAAGUAAACGCAUGCUCAAAUUGGAUGAUAACCAGCCCUUGCGUCUUUCCUUUCUUUCUAAGCAUAAGUAUGAGCUUGACAUCAGGUUAUCGACUCUGGACGAGACUUUGUUGUAGUCUCAUGACUUUUUAUUGUGGUCAAUUAUAAGCAGGUUCUGAAAGAGAACUAAUUGUUUCGAAUGAUAACUUAAAAUUCUUCUGUAGAUAUGUCAAUUGAUUUGGGACUUUUAUAGAAAUCGAGCAAGAAAAUUUAAAUCGAGCAAGAAAAUUUAAUUACGAAUAUUUUAAAAUGGAUUCGUUUGAGCUGUCUCUGGAAAGCAAUGAAAUUUUAAAUCUAUGUUAUUUACGAUUGGAAGAAAAAGAUGCUAUUAAAGAAAAUAAAGAAUGUUCUAGAAGCAUUGAAGUAGAUAUUAUCCAAACAAGAGUAUGGCUGUUGAAUGGAACCAUAUUGUUAGUUUUAGGAGCAUUGGUUCUCACAUAUUCUUUGCUUCAGAAAAAUGCAUACGGUAGUUUUUUUGUGGCUUUAUGUCUACAUCUCUUCUCCUUGUCUUUUAUAAUAACUGGCUGUGGCUGCAUUUUGAAUGUCUGGUUCUUAAUAAAAUCAAGAAACAAAAUUGUUCUGAAUGCUACCACGGGACAAAAGAGAAGUGUACUCUUUUUUCAAGUUAUAAGACAAAUUGUUUGUCCGACGUUAAAAUCCUCUGUUUUUCAAAAUGCAAUGAAUGGUAUUGAAUCCACGAAAACCUGAAGUGAUCGGUCAUAUUGUCUUCCACUCUUUUUAU